GACGGUUGCUCCGGCGGCGGGGGCGGCGUUGGCUUUUCCCCGAGCUCCCGGAGCGUCUCAAUGGAAGCGGAGCCGGGUCCGGGCCGGCGCUGCUGCUGCAAACCGGGGGGACGUUUGGAUAUGAGCCACGGCUUCGUGCACCACAUCCGGCGGAACCAGAUCGCCCGAGACAAUUACGACAAGAAGAUGAAGCAGGCUGCCAAGGAGAAGGUGCGGAGGCGGCUCACCCCGGGCCCGACGAGACCCCGAAAGCCCGACCAGCAGGUGUACUUACCGCGACGACGAGGGGAGGCAAGACUGAGCCGGCCCGGGGCCUCCACCGGGAGCCGGGAUACAAACUUCUCUGCAUGCAGCCUGGAAUAUGAGGAGUCCAGUGAAAGCAGCUGUAGCGGCAGCUCAGACCCAGAACCCCCCAACCUUCAGCUUUUCUGCCUAGAAUACGAAGCAGACAGUGGAGAAGUUACAUCUGUCAUCGUAUAUCAGGAUGAUGACCCAGGAAGGGUAAGUGAGAAGGUCUCGGCCCACACACCCCUGGACGCACCCAUGCGAGAGGCCCUCAAGAUUCGAAUCCAGGAAGAGAUGGCAAAGCGAAAGAGCCAGCCCUGAAUGCCGCAGACCUCCCUGGGAUUGGACUGUCUUGGCUUGUACCGGCAGAGCUGGAGGUUACCCUGCCCCCUUUAUCCUGGGGAUUCCAGGCCCGGUCUGGCCUCCCCACUCAGCUGCUGGAGCUUUGGGAGAAGUGUCCGCUGCCAAAUUAGCCCCUGGCAUCUCCUUUGCUGUGUCCUCUGCCAUCUCUGCACAGACCACAGCUGCCUGGGAGUUGCAGAAAAGGGUUUCUCUGGCCUUGUGUCCUGCUUGCUGGAAUUCUGAGAUGUGCAGCCCCCCAAUCAGUGAGCGCCCUGAAGAGCUUUCCCCACCCGCAGGGGUUGAUCCCCUGAGCCCUGAUUGUGCCAAUCAAUGGACUCCAUUUUCAUGGGAGGUUCAUGUCCUCUUUCUUCCAAAUUUGUGCUUUUUGUGUUUGGGAAAGUGCUUCUCCUUACCAAACUCCAGAGCUUCUGGAGCAUUUUCUCAGCCCUGUUUCCUUCCAUUUGCCUCCUUUGAUUUCCAUGAUGCUGUCUCAGGUAGGACCCUAGAGCUUCUCCCCACACCCAGGGCCUUGUACCACCUCAGCCUACACAGCUGUAAGUUUUCUCAUUUUGACCACUAUUAAUUAUCCACAAGGGCCCCAAGGAGAGAAUGUAGAGUAAAACCCCAAGAUCUGUGAGGUUCCAGAGAACCCCUAGCAGGGUUCCUUCCUUUCUAAGAAAGUCCUGCCAGACGUGGUCCAUCAGAACGAGAAUCUCAGUGGAGCCCAGAUGCUUCUGAAGAUGAGGCUUGAGGAGAACUGAGAAUGAGAUUACAAACAGACUCUCCCAAAUGACUCAGCACUCUCCAAUUAACAAAAGGAGGGGCUGAAUAAGCAAUAAUUAUCCAGUUGGAGACUUACCGCUCCUUCAUCUUCCCUCUUCUUUAAAAUAAGAACCCAAACUAUUGCCCAGAUGGAAUCCAGAGAUCCCCUUGUCCUUCCCCUCCCUGACCGACAUCUGAACCUCCCACCUUUAAAUGUAUAAAGUAUGUUUGAGAUUCUUAGAAUAAAGGUACCAAAGGAAAAGA